AUGGCGUCCUCGUUUGUUGGAGAGCUGCUUUGGCUCAGUACACUCGUUCUUCCAAUGCUUCAACCAUGCUCUGCCGCGUCUCUCUAUUCUACAUAUCAAUUCAACCCUCUAGAACAUCUUGGCGGCGUAGCCCCGUACUUUGAGCCCCAAGACCCGCCGGCGUCACCGUCACCUCCACAGGGUUGUUCGGUAUCUCGAGCAGCCUAUCUCUCUCGCCACGCUGCAAUCUACGCUAACGACUACGACUAUGAAGCGUACAUCGACCCAUUCGUAUCCAAGCUAGAAAAUAAUACUGCGGUCGACUGGAGCAAGGUUCCAGCGCUCAGCUUCCUCGCUAGUUGGACAGCCCCGCUGACGGACGCGGAACAAGAACUGUUGACUCGCGUGGGUAGACUAGAAGCGGCGCAACUUGGCAUAACGCUGUCUUUCCGGUACCCUAAUCUCAGGCUGCCAUCUCGUAUAUGGACAUCUUCCGCCGAGCGCACGGAAAAAUCGGCCGAGUCGUUCGCGAGGAGCCUCGAGCUAAACGAGGAUGGAAUCAACGUCGUGAGCAUUUACGAAUCCGAGGAAGCUGGCGCAAACAGCCUCACACCGUACAAAAGUUGUCCGGCCUACUCGUCGUCGUUUGGCAGCGAUCAAUCAGCAGUCUAUCUCAAAAAGUUCACCAAGCCCAUAAUAGCGAGAUUGAACGCGAUAGCCCCCGGGUUUAAUUUCACGGCCAACGACGUGUAUGGCAUGAUGGAACUGUGCGGGUAUGAAUCUGUUAUUCGUGGUAGUUCUCCAUUCUGCGACCUGGACCUCUUUACGCCAGACGACUGGCUUGGCUGGGAAUAUACGGCCGAUAUCAUGUACCACUACAACGUGGGAUACGGUAAUCAGAUUUCUGGUGUUGUGGGAUUACCUUGGCUUAAUUCAUCGGCAAGCCUACUUUUAGAAGAAUCGUCUGGGAAGCAAGACAUCUUUGUUAGUUUUACUCAUCGAGAGUUACCCCCUAUGGUCUUCGUUGCUAUGGGUUUGUUCAACAACUCCGAGUUCAGCGGAGGCGAGUCCACAAUUAACGAUACGAUGCCGCUGGACCGUAUCAACCACCGGCGCGCGUGGAAAAGUUCGCACAUAUUGCCUUUUCUGAGCAACGCGGCUAUCGAGAGGCUGAAUUGUUCAGGUAGUUAUGAUUACGAAGAUGGUGAUUAUUAUCGGAUACUCGUGAAUAGCGCGCCUCAGCCAUUGCCUAACUGCGCCGAUGGGCCGGGUACGACUUGCUCGAGGACGGGAUUUGAACAGUAUCUUGAAGAACGAGUCGAUAUGUUCCAAGGGUUUUCUGAGAAAUGCGGGGUGGACUAUGGGAACUCGACUGAUAUAUUAUCAAUUUAUACGGAUGCGGGAGUAGGUAAUGGUACUGCUGUUGGGAAGAGGUAUAAAGCUUUCGCGUGA